GGAGUACAGCUAUAAUUCAGUGUUGGGCAUCACACACGGAUGAAACAGCAGCAUAUUUAUCAAAUACAACAUGCUUCUUGGCUCGGUUCUAUUUCUUUCUCUGUGUAUGAUCACAGUCAAAUCCCAGCAACUAACUUCCAGUACCACAUCCAUGCCAAGUACCAUGACUAGAUUGCCCACGACUACAACAGCAGUUCCAACAACAUGGAUGAUGGAUGUGCUGCACCUUGAAGCCAUACCCGACUACCCAGUAGCUGCUGGUCAAACAGUCCAACUGAGCUGCAAAAACAUCUCAUCACAAAUCAUAACCUGGUCCAGGUUCCACCUUCAAAAUCAGAGCUGGGAAAAUGUGGGUUCAGGUAUGGUUCUGACUCUCACUGAGCCAAAACAAAGUGGAAAGUACCGGUGUGAGACCCACAAUGUUUUCAACGUGAAGAGCAUGAGCCAGAAUCAUACUGUGUACAUCGUCUCCAUACCAACAAUCGGAGAGAACUUAGGAAAAGCAGCAUUUGCUCUUUCUGUUCUAAUUUGGAUUGUCAUCAUUGCUGGUGUUGUGUGGCUGUGUUGGCAAAGAUUUUCUAACAAAUUGAGCGCCUUGAACGCGCCAAAGAAAGAUCUUCCUGCUCCACCAGAAGGGAUUCCAAAGAUUUUGCCACCAAACAAUGAUUCUGAUGCGGAUGUGUACAUGAACUACACAAGCACUAAGGAAGACUACAGUAACCUUGAUCCUUCCAACAUGACAGGGGAUGAGUUUUACUCAACUCUGUCAUAAAUAAUGAAAUGACCUGUUCUGGCACCCUUUAAGUGAUUUUGCUUUGAUUGACAUGCACAUCCUUCCAGCACUGCGGGGAUAUACCCAUAUCAUGAUUUCAGUUAGUUUGAAUCUACAUUUUUUAACAAAUCUUUCUGCAGUUUCUGUCCAGGUUGUAGAAAAACAUUUGUGCUUUGGUCUUAGUUGCAUGAACAGACAUCUGUUAUGUUUGAAAUGUUUUAAAGGCACUAUUUAUCUUAAAGAAUACAAAAAACAUAUCAGAGUAAAAAGAAAAGUUUAUUAAGCAAUGUGUAUGUUUUUUUAAGAUCCCUUUCACUCUGUACUGAAUUUACAAUAACACUAAACAAACAUUUGAAUACAAUUUUAAUGAAUUCAAGAAGGGCUAAAGCGACAGAUCACAGUAUUUACAACAAACCCUGAGUAUUCUUGUAAAUGUAAACAGAGUUGUAAAAAAAACAAUCAAUUCUUUCAAAUUUGUUCAUUUUUUUUGCUUUUUUCACACAAUCCAUUUCAUUUCAGGAUGAUAUACGUAACAAAAGAUUAGAAGAUAACUUGAGUGACAAAAGAAGGUAGUUUCCAAAUGGGGCUUUCAUUUAUUAAAGAUUAAAAAAAAAAGCUGGUUUGGCCUUAUAUAAAAACAUAAGUAUAUUGUUUUAUUAUUUUAUUUAGAUUUUUUGUAUUUUAGUAUGAGUACAGCACAUCAUGCCCACGUCAGACAAUGAAAAAACAAAGUUAGCAAUGUAAAGUGCGUAGGUUUGGAAAUGAAAAUGUGUCAAAGGUGUUAAGACUCAACAACAUUUCUGUUGAACCCUUAUCAGUGGUGAUCAGCUUCCCAGAAGAGGCUGUCUACCUACAUAACUGCUCAUGCCACAUGCUCAAACAACACCUGGGCACUGCUGGCCUCACUUGCCUGAAAUUUAAAGCUUAAGUUUCCAGUUUAAAUAAAUGGUAGUAAAUGUAUUCAACAAUGAUUCUGGAUCCUGAUAGUGUCCAAACAUCAGUUUGUGAUCAUGAGUUCCAUUUAAGGAAGGUUAUGGAGCAGGACGAUCACCCAUAGCACAUCAGAAGUUCACUAAUGAAUGGCUCUCUAAAAAAAGAAAAAAUAAAUACAUUUUUGAAAGGUUUUCUAGUUGCAUAGUCAAAGCAUGGACUGAAAUCAAACAGGCCAUUCAUGUUCAAAAACCUUUUAGUGUGGCUGAAUUAAAACAAUGCUGUAAGGAAGAGUAAUCCAAAGUUCCUCUACGGUGAUGUUAAACACCCAUUACAAGUUACUAAAAAUGGAUGAUGAUGAUGAUAUCGCAACCAAGGGUGGCAAAACUGGUUUCUAGUUUUAGAGUCAGUUUGGUUUUGAUAGAUUUAUUCCUACAAUUUGCUUUUUGUAUUAAAUUAAGAUAUCUUUGGAGAUACAUUUGUUUGACAAUCUGGAGCAAGUAAGUGGGACAAAAAGCGAAAACAGAACAAAUCAGUGAGUGAAAAGAAAAUGGAUUUAUCUGCUUAAAAGAUUUACCUAUGUUCUAAAAAUCAUCCACACCUUGGUUUUUGGUAUUUUUUUCACAUAAGCAUCAAGAUUAUGAAGAAAAAUACUGUUGAUCACAGAAAUAGUUAUCUAAAAAAUAACAUUUUAAAAUGUUCACUUUUUUUAUGCCCUUCUGUUUAAAAAAAAAACAACUUCUCCUUUUACUUUGAAACAGGAAGAGCAGAAAUAUGAAGCAAUUCACGGUUCUGCUCCUUUUAUGGAAGCAGCAGCUAAACAUUGUUUUUCAUAGACUCUUACUGACAUGGUGACUUGGCAAACUAACUAUUAGCAGAAGAAUUUUCCAAUUUUAUUAUGUUACACAACCUUUCUUUAUUUUAGCAGGAUUUCAUAAGACAGAUCACUACAGAGCAGUGCAUAACACUACAUUAAUGAAAAGUUUGAACUCUCUGAUGCUCCUUUAUAAAAUAUAGUGCAAACAGCUUUCAGAAGCCUAUGUGCUGCAGAUAGUCUUCUCUUGUGUAAUUUAUUUCAUAUGCAAAUCCAGUUUUUCUGUGAAGGCUUCAGAGGUUCGUUAGAGAAAAUGUGAAAUAUCAAGAGCAGUGCAGACAGGUGGUGGAGAAGAUCACUAAGGCUAGGAAAUGGAAAGAGUACAACAAAACUCCAGACCUACCAAGACAUAGUUGUACGCUAAAUGUAAGAGGUAGGUCCAGGAGAACAUUAACCAGAGAAGCAGUCAAUAUAUUUAUAUUAAGUCUACAGCAGACACAGAGGGAAGGUUAUUCAUGCUCUACACUAAAAUACCAUGAAAAAUUCAAUUUUUAGAAGUGUGUUUAAGAUUUCCUGUUUCCAGUUUGUCACAAGCCAUGAAGAGGAAUUGCAAACACAUUAUAGAAGGUACUCCUGUGGCUGCGCUGCACUUUCGCAGCUGAUUAAAGCAGCUGUGGUCAGUCAAAGUUGUGUUACUAACUGUAUAGAUGUGGUAGCACUGACCGCUUUUUUAAUUUAUGCAGCUGUUCUAUAUUUGCGGCUAACCAGACCAAACCAACAUUAAUCAGGCGCAUAACAGAUCCUUUGGAGAGGAAGUCAGUUGAUGGAAGAAAAGCGCAUAUGAUCGUAUUUACAAGUAAAAGAAUCACUACAAGCUUUGGAUGUGAAUUCCUGGGCUUUUAUGUAAUAAUUUCUGCUCGCAUAGUUCACCAACAACCACAAUGUAUACGAGUUUGGAAUUUAAAACAUAAUAAAAAAAAAAAAAAAAAAAUAUCUGAGCUCAUUUAACCAGGAUAUGUCCAAAACAAAAAGAUAGAUAAAUACCAACCAGGCAGAGGUGAUCUGCACUAAAACACUUACAGUAGAAUAUGGUGCCUGGUAGAAUAGAUAGCACUACUGCUCUGCUUUCACAUUCAUUGUAACGGAAGAAUGACACUUUUUGAUAAUCCAUUUACCAUUUUGGCAAAAAAAAUUAUUAAUGGAUUCAGAAGGCCAAUACCAAUAUUGAUCAGGAACUUUAAAAACAAUUAUAUCUGAUACAUUGGUCAGUCCGUAAUUGGCUGACAUGCGAUAUAUAGUGAUAAAAAUAUUAAAAAACAAUUGAACAAGGACAUACAGGGGAUAUAGAAUGACCAACUAUGGUCAAACUCAAAUUCUCAUAAUAACCAAAAAUAUGAUUCAAGACAAAGAAAUAGAAUAUAAAAUUAUAAAUGUUUGCCUUAAUGAUGCUGGAGCCAACACCUGUUACAUCCUUCAUGAGGUGGCUCUAAGCCUUACUAUUCCCCUCGGGCCAUAG